AUGGAGGCGUCCGCCAACAACGGCUCCAGCUUCGGGAUCGACUCGCUGCUCUCGCACAGGCCGGGCAGUCCGCUCUCUAAGGCGGACAGCGUGGUCGGGGAGUGCCGCUCUCCGCUGGAGUUCAGCCCCAGGUCGGACGUGGAGAGCGGCUGCUCGUCGCCGCCUUCACCGCGCAGGGAGUGCGUGGAUGAGCUGCCGCAGAGGCAGAGGCACGGACACGGACUCGGUGGUGGCGUGGGUGUGGGUGUGGGUGUGCCACCGCACCUGCAGCAGCAGCAUCACGCGCACAUGUCUGCGGGGUCUCAGCAGCAGCAGCAGCAACAGCAGCAGCAGCAGCAGCAGCGCAGCGUCACCUCGUCUUUCCUGAUCAGAGACAUCCUCGCGGACUGUAAACCUCUGGCCGCGUGCGCGCCUUAUUCCAGUAACGGACAACCGACGCAGGAGGCGGGGAGACUGGCGGCGAAGAUCGCCGAGGAUUUUAUGGAGAAAAUCCACAGCAACUCUUCCUCAGACAGUGAAUAUAAAGUGAAGGAGGAGGGGGACAGAGAAAUCUCCAGCAGCAGAGAAAGUCCUCAGGUUCGGCUGAAGAAGCCCAGAAAAGCGCGCACGGCCUUCACUGACCACCAGUUGGCGCAGCUGGAGCGAAGCUUCGAGCGGCAGAAGUAUCUGAGUGUGCAGGACCGGAUGGAGCUCGCGGCUUCUCUCAACCUGACCGACACUCAGGUCAAGACCUGGUACCAGAACCGCAGGACUAAGUGGAAGAGGCAGACCGCGGUGGGACUAGAACUUCUGGCGGAAGCAGGGAAUUACUCCGCGCUGCAGCGGAUGUUCCCCUCCCCGUACUUCUACCCGCAGAGCCUGGUGUCGAACCUGGACCCCGGAGCGGCCCUCUACCUGUACCGGGGCCCCACUGCUCCCCCGCCGGGCCUGCAGAGGCCGCUGGUGCCGCGGAUCCUGCUGCACGGGGUCCAGGGAGGCAGCGAACCGCCGCCGCCUCCGCCGCUGCCGCCCAUGUCCGGUGUCCUGUCCCGGUCCACGCAGCAGCGGUGAACCCUCUCCCCCAGCUCCUCCCCCCUUAUCCUCCCCCUCCUCCCCCGUCUGAGACUCACGAGAAGAAAGGAAAGCGGGACAAACUUAAACUGAUUUAAAUCAAAACAAGAGGGAAAAAAAGGACGUUUUUUUAACGGAGGACGAGAAAAAAAACGUGACUCAAACUGAAGAUUUACUGUUUCUGCUUUUAUUUAUAAUAACUUUAUUUAUUUUUCAUCCUGAAAAAGUAAAAAAAGUAUCUAAGUUAUGUUAUUUAUUUAAUCCCAGUUUCAGUAUUGACAGACUGUUUUCAUUAUCAUUAUUAUUAUAAUAUGUAUUUGAAUAAGCUGAAGUCACAUGACCCAAAGGAAUAAUAAUAAUAAUGAUAAUAAUUG